GAGAGCGCAAACCUGUGGAGAGGCUGGAGCUCCGCUCAAAGGGCGCAAGGCAAGGGGCCCGGAGUGGAAACACAUGAACGCAUUUCACAUUCGAAGCCUCCCUGUGGUCGGAAUGGCGCGCCUGGAGAUGAUCUUGAUGCUGGUCUGCGCAUUCUUAGCGGCCAGGACUGACUGCAAGAAAACAUAUGCGGACAUGUUCCCCCACAGGCACAGCUCUCCCCUGCCCUUCCCGAUUCCCGGUUGGGAUCCGGACACUAACCCGUGGGAUGAAGCUCUCUAUCCUCCGUUCACGCGCGAGCUCUCACACAGACGCGGUAAAGCGCCUCACGUGCGCCUCACGAGCGACAGCCCCGCCAUGAACGGCUCGUGCAUCACCUUCAGCGCCCGGCUCGAGUUCCCCACGUGCCAGAAGGAAGAUCUGAGCGGGAACCUCGUCUACGACGAGCACUGCGAGGACGGUAUGGAGGCUUCAGCCAAUGGGCAGGUGCAGUCUGGAUAUGUCUUCAAUUGGACUUCCUGGUUGGAUGAUUAUGGCUUUGGAAAGUGUGUGGAUCCGAAGCGUUGUAACGUGUUCCCUGAUGGAAAGCCAUUUCCACAACACAAUGACUGGAGGCGAAGGGGCUACGUCUAUGUGUGGCAUACUAUGGGUCAAUAUUUUGAGACGUGUGAUGGCUCUUCUUCCAGUUUGACGCUCAAUUCCACUAACUGGACAUUUGGAGCUGGUGUCAUGGAGGUCAUGGUGUACCGUAAGCGCGAGCGCAGGAAGUACAGCCCCCUCUCCACUGAUAACACUGUGUUCUUUGUCACAAAUAAGAUCCCUCUGGCUGUGAAUAUUUCACAGAAGGAAGCGGUGAACAUCACAGAGAAGAAUGGCUUUUUUAAGGGGUUAGACAUCAUCUUUAACGUACAGAUUCAUGACCCAAGCAACUACCUGAAGACUGCGGAUUCAGUUGAUUUUAUAUGGGACUUCCGCGAUGGCAACCAGUUGGUCACCCAUAGCAACGUGGCAACCCAUGCCUACAGUACACUCGGCAACGUCACAGUGAAGCUGCUAGUAGAGGCAGCGUUCCGCACCCCAUGUCCUCCACCCACUCCAACGCCCAUGCAUUUCACACAGCCAUAUACUACAGCAGUGGCCACGCCCCCACCACGUACUCAUGCCACCACUGCCAAAUUGCAGACCACCAAGGCUCCAGUUGUAACCACUCCAUACCUCACCACUGCCCAGCAUUUUCCAGUGACAACCAACAUCCCCUCAACUGAGCCAUUCCCUACUGAUCCUGAGGUGAACACUAGCACUGAUCCUGUGAUCAACUCCACCAGUGCCGAGCCCACAAUCCCACCCAUGCUGCGGCAUUCACACUUCACGCAAUCUGAGUGUUUCCGCUACAUGUACGGAAACUUUGAAGACGAGAUCAACAUAAUUGAACCUCAUCCUUCUCUGCGCAACUUGCCAUCAAAUCGAAUUGUGGAAGUGUCUGCUGCCAAGGUCACUAACACCACUGUGAACUUUUUAGUGACAUGUUCAGGCAGUGUCCCUACUUCAGCUUGCACCACUGUUGCUGACUCUACUUGCCGCCAUGUGAUGAGCAUCAUGUGUGAUGAUGUGCACCCAUCUGCUGAAGGUUGUCAGGUCAGCCUGAAGCGCACAUUCCAAGAGCCAGGCACCUACUGUGUCAACAUCACUUUAGGGGUGCCUGGGGGCUUGGCACUUGCUACCACCACCGUAACCAUCGGCAACAGCCCUGACAAAGGUGUGACGAAGUCUCCUCGUGUGGCUGAGGUGGUGUUGUCCUCCACUGCUGUGCUAGUGGCCAUCUUUGCCUUCAUCGCCUUCAUGGUGUACAAGCGUUACAAGGUAUAUCGCCCAGUGAGGCGAUCCAUUCUGGAGGAUGCUGAGGGAGGCAAUGCAGUCAGUAGUCCCCUGAGCAAACUGAGGGCAGCACUGUUCCCCGCCAACGAAGAGAGAAGCUGCCUGUUGACAGACAGGCGCUUGUGAGCGCACUACAAUGUCAGAAAUGCACUGUGUGGAUACUUGAGUAUAUCUAUCUGUUUUCUGCUUUCAGUGGGGAAGAAAAAAAAAAAAAAAAAAAAAAAAAAAAAAAAAAAAAAAAAAGCACCUCAGCUAUCUCUACCUAGUAAACACACAGAAACUUGACUAAAUAUUAGAUAAAUCUGUUCAAUAUAGCACAGGAUUAGUCUGCUAUCUGUUUCAGCCUAGCUAAAACUACAGCAUUAAUACUUGUAAACUUCUAUAUGGAUGUCAGUUUGAAACAGGGAAGGACUUGAGAAGUACAUCAUGAGAUUUUUUUUUAUGAUGGAUCAUUUGUGGUGCAUUUUGAAGGGCUGGAUAAUCUAAGAUUAAUUAUUUUUCUAACUAGUUAUCUUCAGAUUUUUUCCAUUUAUCAAUGUUUUAUCUGAGAAUUAAGCGUGCACUAAAAAUAACUACUCAAUUGAAAGUUUGAUGCAUGUUCAUAUUUAAGCAAAAACUUAUUUCCCAAAGCUUCAGAAAUGUGAUCCCCUCCCCCCAAUAAUCAGCCCAACAUAAAUGUGACUAACAUUAAUACUACUGGAGAAAUAACUCUAAUAAACAUCAAAACAUGUGUUUGCUAUUCUGUUAAAUCCUGUGGAAGAAAUGAAUCCCUUUAUCAUUUCCCUUCAUUAGACCAAAGUUGAGCCAGUUGACCAGAUAUAAAACUAGCAACUGAGAUGAAGAAACGUCAGGAAUAAAAUAUCACUUUCACUGUUUGAAGCACCUUACAACUUAUACUUUAGCAUGAUAAACUAACCGUUUAUACAGACACAGACUUCAAGUCCUACUAUUGCAUGGGAAUCAAGUUUUCUUUACUUUAACAGACCUUGAACUCUUUGUUUGAGAGCUGAGCUAUGCAAUAAUACAACUGAACUGCAGGGGUACUCAAAGACUGUGACCAGAGAGCCCUCAGUCCAUAUUGCCUUCUCACUAAAAUGCAUCACUGGCAUACUCAAGUGGCAGACUGCCUGUUUGCAUCAUGAAACACAAUGUAAGAGCAGUUACAAUGAUGCAAAUAAUAACAAAAUAAUAAUACACAUGCUACACAAGCUAACCACAGUGAACAUCUACAUCAUAUGGGCGUUUACUAUAUCAAAUUGAAAUGAGUACAGUAUUAUGCAAAUGUUUUAGGCACCAUAGCACAUUAUUUCAAGCCAUUUAUCUUGGCAAUAAGUUUUUGCUUGUAAAAAAAAGCAAACAAAUACAACUGAACAGUAAAAAGUAACAAGAUUUUUGAUUUCCGCAAAAAAAGCAGACAUGAGCUAGUCUGAAGAGGUCUGGUUCCAGAUUUCUCAUCAGUCACACUGACAAACAAAAUACUCACUACUUAAAUGUAUUGAUGUUAUUAAUUCUAAUCUCUGUGUUUUUCUGAGCAAAUGACAAGCUUUGGAAUUUUCUCAGGUGCCUAAAACUGUAUAUGAAACUCACAUCAAUAAAUGAAGAGCCACAAACACCAA